CUGCUCAUGACAUCACUGGCCACGUGGGAUUUGAUGUGUGGUUGCCUCGUCAUGCCCCUGGGAGUCAUUGAAGUGAUCGAGAACGGGAUCUGGGUAUUUGGUCACGGUCUAUGCUCGGCGAGAAAUUUCAUAAAUUACACCUGGGUUUGCUCGUCUCUGCUCCACGUCAACUGCUUGUCUGUGGACAGAUUUCUGGCCAUAUGUCGACCUCUGCAGUACAGGGCUCUGACGAACAGGACGGGGCAUGUCAUGGUUGCGGUUUCCUGGGUAUUACCCGUCGUUUUAAACCUGUUGCUUCUUUUUGUACGUAAUGCACACAAUGACCCACAAAGCAAAAGAUAUUAUUGCACCGGGAAGGAAUGCGUCCAGGUUAUAAGCCGGGGCUACCUCGGGAUCAGUGUGGUUUUAGGAUUCUGUGUCCUAUUCGUUAGUACGUACGUCCAAUACUUCGUUAUUUUGAAGAAGGUUAAACAAUUUAACAAUCAACGAAAAAUUCUUAUGGCCAAGACACAUCAGCGGUAUUUAUUCCAAAACGUCAAGUAUCCGGAUAAGAACACUCGACUCAAAAGAAGGGACAUCACAGGAACACCUAAGACUGCACCGAAUGCUGUUUAUCAUUGUCGCGAAUCUAGCAUUAUUUCUGUUUGUGAUCUUUCUGACAAGGAUAACACCAACGUUGUUGAUCAGAACUUUAGUAAAAACGUUCCAAGUCGAAUUAAAACAACUUUUCCGUGUGAAGAAAUUCCAGGUAGCCCCAACUCAUCAUAUUUGCAGGUUAUACAAUUUAAUAAUAGAUUCCCUGUAGGUAGCCUACGUGAUUCUAUUCCGAAGUCAACACUUAUGCCACGGAGCCGAAAUCUCAAAGCCUAUAAAACAGUGGGCAGUCUGGUCAUCUGUUUCACCGUCUGUUGGUGUCCGUCGCUGAGCUUCGCCCUCGUGUUUUUCCAAUUGAUUGACAGCCUUCCGCUAUGGCUCGUGGUGUUAGUUAUGUGGAUUGCCUACUCGAAUGCCGUCCUCAACCCGCUACUGUAC